AUAAGAAGGGGGUGCAGUCUCACAGUCAAGCGUGUGUCUUACUGUUUGUACAGUAUUUUACUGACACAAGUGUGGUGUAUACAUUUUUCUUUGCAGGGUUCAUUUCCAAGAAGUGGAUUUUCGUUCAAGGUAUUCUACCCCUCCAACAAGACAGUUGAAGACAGGUAAAUAUAUUCAGUUUCUCAUUUAAAAGGAAAUAUCUUCCAAUUUGCUGUCUUUCUAAUAUCAGGAGGAACACAGAAAAUCAAUUCUAUAAACAGAGUGAAGUUUCUAGCAGUUUAAUGUAGACUUAAAAUUCAUACUUAGGCAGUGUAAGAAAUCCAAAUGCCUAGAACUAAAAUAAUAAACUUAGAAAUUAAGGUCAAACAACAAUGAUGAGAGGCAUGAUCCAAAAGUAAAAGGAAAGAUAGACUGUGCUAUAUGAUUCUCAAUAAUUGAAACACAGUUAGGAAACAAAUUCAUUUCUGGAGAUGAUGCUUGCUACAUAAGGUUAAUUACACUUUUGGUCAAUUCUUGGUUCUCUCUGUGAUCAUCAUCAAGCCCAGAAGCCACUUGUGUGCUUUGAUUUCACAUAUUUUAAAUCUGUACUUAUUCAUUCCAACUGUGCUCUUCCAAUGAUUGGAAAAAAAGGCCAGCUGCAACACCAAAAAAUAUCAAGAAGUAUGAAAGGGCUUACAACUGUGAUGAAAAUUGCCUGUUGAAAUAAUGAUAGUAGAACCCCAUGGGAAAAGUGCAAAUUUAUCUCGUCUGAUCCAGUUUCAUGCCUUGCUGCAGAAGCUGUGUUUUUCUCAAAGGGGAAUGUGUAACACCCCCCCCUCCCUCCCACAGCAACUGAUGAUAGAUUGACCCAUGUAACCUUUACUUGAGGAUAGAAAAUAUCAUACCAUGAGAUGCUUUAGGUCUUUAAAUAGUUUCAAACAUUAUCAAGACUUUCCUAGAUCAAGAAAUAGAAUUGUGAAGUGUUUUUUUAAAAAAAAAACCCUAAAUAUUGUUUUUUCUUUGGUACUUUCAGCAAGCUUCAGGGUCUCUGAAUUUCUGUGAGACUGCAAAAAGGGAGCAAGACUCCAUAAAGCCACCUGUAGCACUCAUUGGAGAUGGAUUGAUUUUUAUGAUGUAUUACAGACUGUUUAUAAUAAAUGUCAAAGCCAAAAAGGUCUAUUUUGUACACAAAUAAACUUUUACAGGAAAAGAUACUGGUGUUAGUUUUGAUAAAAUGUAGAGUCCCGGUGAAGAUUAAUUGUCAGAGCACGAUAAAAGAAGGCAACUGGAGGAACCAAACGCAUGUGUAUCAAACAGGAAAUAUCUCUUUUAAAAAAAGAGAAGUUAAAAAUAGGGAGAACUUUGUGUUUCACCACGCUGAGUUGAACUGAGAGCUAGUUAUCUACAGGAGAUAACAGAAAUGUGAACUAAGGUUUUUAUUUGGAUAGAAGGGUCUAGAAACGAUCAUGAGGUGUUAUUUCCUAACAGUCUAUAAUCUGUUUGUGGGUAGUGUUAUGCCAGCAGGGCGAGGAGAGGUAAGAGGGACAAGGACAUGGUGCUUUGACACUUCUCUGGAAGGCCGGGAGGAGGAAAUCUCCCUGAAGGAAAAAUCAGGAAGGUGGGAAAGAGUCAGGGCCUGGAAGUGCUGACUUCUGCGUCAGCAGCUGGUUUGGCUUACGGCAGAGAGUGGCCCGUGGGCACAUGAAAACGGCCCCUUUUUGAUGAAACUAAGCAAAAAGCUGCUCCAGCUGCUCGUGGGCAGGGAGACCAGGGGAGCACCAGCUCCCCCUGAGCCUCUGUAGAACAGAGAGCGGAGCCUCAGCGCCAGGUGUUUUGAUUCACAGACCUUUCCCGCUGCGGGGGAGCAGGAGGGGCGAGGGCCCAGAGCCAGCACAAAGCCACUGAGGGGAAAGGCUCAGCCGAAGGGCUCGCAAGUGGCGAGGAAUCCACCCUGAGGUAGCCCACUGGUGUGGGGAGGGGGAGGCGGCGCCAUCUUGUUUGGCAUCUCCAUAGCAACUGGCCGGCGGCGCCAUCUUGUUUGUUAUCACCAGAGCAACGAGCACAGGCCGCAGCCGCCAUCUUGUUUGGCGUCUCCACAGCAACGGGAGCGGCCGGGCCGGGCCGGGGCCAUGGCGGGCGCGGGGCGGCUGGAGGAGCUGGAGCUCAGCGCCGAGGAGGCGGAGCGGCUCCAACGGGCUUUCCGCGACGAGCAGUUCCGAGCGCUGUUCGCCGAGUACGCGGCGGAGCUGGCCGACCCGGAGCAGCGGCGGUUGUACGAGGAGGAAGUGGCCGCCCUGGAGCGGGAACGCGGCGUGGAGGUGCGCUUCGUCCACCCCACGGCGGGCUACGUGCUGCGCACCAGCCAGGCCGGCUCCCGCCGCUGCUACCUCAACAUCUGCAGCAACCCGCCUCAUCCCCGGGGCUCGGGCAGCCCCGAGGCCGCCCGGUGCCCUCCCUUCCAUUGCCGGCAGGAUGAGGCCUCCCUCACCCUGCUCCUGCGUGUGCCCGGCAUCCAGCCCCAGAGCCUCAGCGGGGACGUGGGCACGAACCACUACGGCCUCCGCUUCUCCAGUGCCUCUGGCACCUUUGCCCUCUUCUUACAGUUUCCUCCCGCAAACAGGCUGGCGUCCCCCGAGAGCAGCGUUAGCGUGGCGGCCCACGGUGCUGCCAUCGGGCUGGCCAAGGCCCCCGGCAGCACCGGGCUUUGGGAGAAGUUCUGCUUCGGCCUUGACGCCUCGGCUCUGCAGGAAAGAUUGUUUGUCAGUGAAGAAAAUGUUGAUGGAUUUCUAGGCACUGUUUUAUGCCCUUCCUUUUGCUCCCAAUCAGCAGUGGAAAGUCAGCCAUUAAUUGAAGUGCUUGAUGUUACUGAGGACAGAAUUCAAAUCAGGUUGAAGCCGCAGGAAGCAGCCCCUUCUGAAUGCGGUGGAAAAGGAGAAACGCUUAGCAGCUCAGGAGGAGAUCUUGCUGAAAAGACAAACGGCAGCUACCCCCAAACAAAGGCAGAAACAAACCGUACCACAGCUGACCCAGUCGAAGGCGAACGUGCUACAGAGACCAGCAAAACUUCCACGUCUUUUGCAACAGCUGAAACAAUGGGAAAAGUAGGUUGCAGUUCACACCAUUGUUUGCAGCGUGAACCUUCUGACACCAGUUCACCGAUUCCUGACAAAUCUAGGGGAAGGGAACCAGAUUUAGAAAGUGCUGUCGGAGGGGUCGAAACGGCCGCGGGCUCUGAGGACCACACAGGCCAGGUGCUGGGGGGGCAGGCGAGAGCGGGGGGGUCGGCACAGGGGAACCAGCAGGGCUCGGGCAGCAGAGCAGCCUCCCCGCUCCUGCGAGAGGUGAACACGCGGGAUGGGAGCCUGCAGGUCGUUAGGGAUCACGUAACGCGCUGCCCGCUCGUCUUUCAGAGUUCUUUGCUGUAUGAAUUGGACUAGUUUAAUUAUUUUAGGAUUCCCUUCUGUUGUUUUGAUUCUUACUGCGACUUCCAUGUGCUGGUUUGUGACUUUAGGGCUAAGAGCAGAAGGCAGGUUCCUACUGAAAGCGUUCUGUUUACACUGU